AUGGAAAUACCAAACUAUGAUAGUGGUGACAAUCCAGAUAAAAAAUAUAAACAAUUAUUUCCUUACAUGCCAUCAAACACAUUUCGGAUGUUAAUCUGUGGAAACAGUGGAAGUGGUAAGACUAAUCUAUUGUACCAUAUGUUAAUCAAACCACUGUUGUAUUACGAUGAAAUUUAUCUUUACGCACGUAAUUUAGAACAGGAUAAGUAUCAAAAGCUAAUUCAAAAAAUGAGGGAGUUAAGUCAUAAACUGGGAUAUGAAAUACUUCAUGUAAGUAAUGAUGAAAUAACCCCAGUGACAGAAAUGGAUUACGAAGACAAUCAAAAACUUGUAAUAUUCGAUGACUAUGUUUGUGAUAAAAACCAGAGACAACUGAUUGAUUAUUUCAUUCAAGGACGACAUAAGAAUUGUUCGGUGGUGUACCUCAGUCAAUCGUUUUAUAAAACACCAAAGGACAUUCGGCUGAAUUGUUCUCAUUACUGUUUAUAUGAAUUUCCAUCAUCGAGGGAGUCUAAUAGAAUAUCAUCUGAGUUAGGAGUUAGUAAAGAAGAUUACCACUCAGCAACUAAAAAACCGUAUUCAUUUCUAUACGUUGAUAAACCAAGAAAACGUAUUGCAAAAAACUUUACUGGUAAUCUAACCAAUAAUUAAAAUGGGAAUAUUUAACGAACAAUCUUUAGAUCAUCCCUUUGCUAAGGGAAUACAAGGUGCACCAGGAGUUGGAUUUAAUCUCACUUCAAGUGGGGAUUAUGAUAUGAUAAAUAAAAAACUAAGAAAUGUUGGCGCACCUAGUGUUAAUUCUGAUGCUGCUACAAAGAAAUAUGUUGAUGAUAAUUCCACUGGAACUCCCUCAACAUCACGACUAACAGUUGAUUCAAACAUUGAUAUGAAGGAUAGAUACCGUAUUCAAAAUCUUAUCACACCACAGGAUUCUAAAGAUCCAGCAACAAAAUAUUACGUAGACAACACAUUUCUUGACAGAGAUGGAUCUUACCCAAUGAAAGGAAAUCUAAAUAUGGACAACAAUCGAAUAUUUAAUCUACCAGCUCCAAAUGGUGGUAAUCAACCAACACCAUUAGCUUUCACAGAUUUGAAGUAUCUACACGUUGCUGGAACAAAUAAAAUGACUAAUAAUCUAAACAUGGAUAAUAAAAAAAUAAUUAACCUUAGACCACCAACAGACUCCACAGACGGUGCAACCAAAAAGUAUGUGGACGACUCAAUACCUGAUACAAGUUCUUUUAUAAAAAAGGACGGAAGUGUUGCAAUGACUAGUAACCUAAAUCUUGGAAACAAAAAAAUAGUUGAUCUUGCAACUCCAACAUCAAAUACAGAUGCUGCAACCAAAAAGUAUGUGGAUGAUAAUGCUGGAAGCCCAGAUUUGAGUGAUUACUUGGAAAAA